UUCGAUUUUGUCUUCCUCUUCCUCUUGCUUUUCCUCUAAAUCCAUGGCCGCCACCGCGAAAUGUUCGAAAAUAGUCCACCACCAGCACCAUUAGCAGCGUCCGUCCAAGUCUGAAAGGCAUUGCCGUUGGUUGAGGCUCGACCGAAGCUUGUUGCUUGCCGAUUGCCUUUUCAUCGGCGUCGAGAAGAACCUCCAACUCAGCAAGUGUGAGUGUCGUGUCUCUGAUGCGAAUAGAGGUCGAAAGGCUUUGUAAUCCGCAGGAAAACCAUUUAGAAUGUGAAGGAGAGAUUCUUCGUCAUCAAUUGUAAUUCCAGCUGCAGCGAGCUUGUCAACUAUUGAUCAAUUGAUUCAGUUGAACGACCUUUCAUUAGAACUGCCUCUAAUCUCUGCUCCUCUGCUUCUUCCCUUUUCCCUUCUGUUUCUCGCCUUGGGUGAUUAACUUCCCAAUUUUACAACACUUAAUAUAAGCGAUUUCAUUUUGAACCUCUGGUUUGUUGAGUUGAUGUCUGCUAGUUGCUCUACCUAAACUGGGUUUCGAGUUUUGGUCCAGAUGUUGUUAUUCUAGGGCUCAUGGCUUCGUUGUUCAAGGACCCAACAAAGCUAUCUGUUUAUCGGGAUAGAAGAUUUCAUGGAACACAAGAUGAAUUUGAAGUGGCACUUCAGACUUCAACCACUGUUUAUGUGGGAAAUAUGUCCUUUUAUACGACAGAAGAGCAAGUUUAUGAGCUUUUUUCUCGAGCUGGAGAAAUUAAGAAGAUAAUCAUGGGUUUGGAUAAGAAUUCAAAAACACCUUGUGGCUUUUGUUUUGUCCUAUACUAUUCUCGGGAGGAUACCGAGGAUGCUGUAAAAUAUAUAAGUGGAACAAUUCUUGAUGAUCGUCCCAUUCGUGUGGAUUUUGAUUGGGGAUUUCAGGAUGGCAGGCAAUGGGGCCGUGGUCGAAGUGGUGGACAGGUGCGUGAUGAAUAUCGAACAGACUAUGAUCCUGGUAGAGGUGGCUAUGGAAAGUUAGUUCAGAAAGAGUUGGAAGCACAGAGGCAGCUUGUGGAUUAUGGUACUGGUUCGCUAGGUUCUAUGCCUGUCAUGACUCAGUAUGGAAAACAUGGUGGAAGCCAUGGACAUGGGCAUCGUCAUGGUAGAGAUUACCACCAUCGUAAGCGCUAUCGAGAUGAUGAUCGCCAUGCACAUGAAAGCUCUAAGAGAACUUCAGAUUACGAGUCUAGAAGAAACCCUGAUCAUGAUUCGAGACCGGAGAAGAAUCCAAGGUUCCGGGAGAGUGGCGAUUCUGAUGAAGAGGAUGAUGAUGACCAAAAGCAGCGACGCUAACCCGAGGGUUAUUUUCAGAUUAUAAUGUGAGGAAUCAUUUACAUCGGUGUUUUGUGGUUCAGCAUGAAGUGAUAAGGGACAAUUCAUUACUUGUGCAUGUCAAAACUAACCAGUUAUUAUUUUUUCAUGCCACUAGGUUCUUUGCGCUUUCCUUUAGUGAAGGAAUGACUAUAAAUGGCUGUCUGUACUGUUUAUUAUUAUAAGAAUCAAGUCGGCAUUCUGUCGGAACUAUCUCGAGACAAAUGAAGAAUCCAAUUCUCUUCCAAGUACUUUGAAGUGUGUGUUUUUUUGGAUGUAUAUAACAGAGAGCAUUUGCUUGCUCGACAUGGAAGCGGGUUUGAAGGAAUGAUGUUGGUAUGUGAAAAGGUGAAAUUUGUCGAGUGAUUUUCUGUGGUUAUCUCUAAUUCAACGUUGAUCUAGGAAGUCUUAAUUGAGUGAAAUCAUGUGCAUGCUGCAAAAA